CAAUCAGCUGGAUAAUAUUAAGCCAAAAGUCAAAACUGCCCAAUAGGAGAACAGCUGCACCCUCAUCUGAUGAAUCUAGAGAGUGCCCCAAUAUUCCGCUCAAGCACUCGACCACUGGACAUGGAGCAGAGACGGGCCAAGCUGGGUCUGGGUUUCCAGCGGAGUUCCACUUCAGACGAUGACUCAGGUUGUGCUUUGGAGGAGUAUACGUGGGUGCCCCCAGGCCUCAGGGCUGAACAGGUCCAGCUCUACUUCUCUUGUCUGCCAGAGGACAAGGUGCCGUAUGUCAACAGUCCAGGAGAGAAACAUAGGAUCCGACAGCUCUUGUAUCAACUGCCACCUCAAGACAAUGAGGUCCGGUACUGCCAGUCUCUCAGUGAGGAGGAGAAAAGAGAGCUUCAUAUGUUUAGCACUCAGAGAAAGAAAGAAGCAUUGGGCAGAGGCACUCCAAAAGUACUCCCCAGGGCACUUCACCACACCAUCUGUGAGCAUUGUAAACAGAACAUCAGUGGAGGAGAGAUGGCCAUAUUUGCUUCAAGGGCAGGGCCUGGGCCUUGCUGGCAUCCAGCAUGCUUCACCUGCUCAACUUGCCAAGAGCUUCUGGUGGACCUCAUAUACUUCUAUCACGAUGGCAAAAUCUACUGUGGAAGACACCACGCAGAGCUUCUGAAGCCACGCUGCUCAGCUUGUGAUGAGAUCAUUUUUGAUGAUGAAUGCACAGAGGCUGAGGGUCGUCACUGGCAUAUGAAGCACUUCUCUUGCUUUGAGUGCGAGACAGUGUUAGGUGGACAGAGAUACAUCAUGAAAGAUGGUCAUCCAUUCUGCUGUUGCUGCUUUGAGUCUCUUUAUGCUGAAUACUGUGAAGCAUGUGGCGAGAACAUUGGAGUCGAUCAUGCCCAGAUGACAUAUGAAGGGGUGCACUGGCACGCAACUGACAAAUGUUUCUGUUGUGCCCAGUGCAAGAUCUCUUUGCUGGGCUGCCCGUUCUUGCCAAAAGAUGGUCAGAUAUACUGUUCUAAGUCCUGCAGCCUCGGUGAAGACACCCACGCAUCAGACUCAUCUGAUUCAGCUUUUCAGUCUGCGAGGUCACGGGAGUCACGUCGCAGUGUUAGGGUGGGCAAGAGUAGCCGGUCAGCAGAGCAAUGCAAGGAGACCCAACUCUAUUCUGCAGCAGGUGACUAUGGAACCCCAAGCUUUUGUGGAGGUGGCACAGACACCAUGUGCCACCAGUUACAGAGCCUCAGCUUUGCAGCGGACAGCUUCUGGAGGGACCGUGAGGAGCAGGAAGUCCCAGAUGACCAUGAGGAGUGGGCAGACCAUGACGACUACAUGACCCAGUUACUUCUGAAGUUUGGUAAUCAUGGAGCACUCCAGCAAGAAACAGACACAAGUUCAGUGGAACCAUGGGCACUGUCAGACUCAAAGGCCAGGAUGAAGCCGGAGCUGAAGACCAGCGGCCACAACCAAACCUUUGAUCUAGUGGGCAAGAAGCACCAGGCAGACAUGUACUGGAGCCAGUCUCAGGAUGGGCUUGGAGACUCAGCAUAUGGCAGUCAUCCAGGCCCAGCGAGUGCUCGGAAGAUCCAGGAGCUGGACCUGGACCAAGGAGGCACAACGGGGUUCUGGUCUGAGCGAAGAGAGUGGUAUGAUGACUCCCUGGAAUGCAUUACAGAUGAGCUGAGGAAAGCAGAGCAGAGUGUGGGUAAUUCCAUGGACUCACUAGCCCUCUCCAAUAUCACUGGAGCCUCAGUGGAUGAAGACAACAAGGAGAGGCAGAUUACUUAUUCCACCAAGGAGAGGGAGGCAGAAGAUUGUGAUAAAUUGAGCAACAUGGGCACCUUGAACUCCUCCAUGCUCCACAGGAGUGCCAACUCCCUCAGGAGCCUGAACUCUGAGCUGGACAAUGAGGAGGUUCUAGGGGAAGAAGAGGAAGAGGAGGAGGUUGUUCCAGUGGCUUUACUAGAGGAGCCUCCCUCUUCUCUACAUUUACCAGUGCUGAGGAGGACAAAGUCUCAGUCACGUCCGCAACAGGUGAAGUUCUCAGAUGAUGUUGUGGACAACGGGACCUAUGGAGGUUUACAGCAGCCACCAAUGAGUGAGAGGACUCGUCGACGGACCUGUCAUCUAGAAGAACCACCAAGACGUUUCAGUCAUCACCGGCAUCACCAUCACAAGAGCAGACGGGGCCGAAAAUCCCGAUCAGAAAAUGCCCUUCACCUGCCACCAAUAGAGAGAGCUCAUGUGCACUACGAGGCUCAAGCCACAAACACAGGUCUUAUGGAUUCCAAGGCAAUCUUCCAGAAUCAACCAGAACAAAGGCAGCACCGGUACCAUCAGACCUCAUCAGACUAUGCCCUGAGGAAUUUAGUCUGGGUAGACCGUUACCAGGACAUGUAUGAUGACGAUGACUGGUGCUCAACAUGCUCCUCCUCAUCCUCAGAGUCAGAAGAAGAGGGCUACUUCCUGGGUCAACCCAUCCCCAAGCCCAGGUCACAAAGCUUUCAUUACUGUACUGAUGACUAUCCAACCCGUGUGACUGCGUUAUCAUCCCCACUCUAUGGCUCGCAGACCAAAGCAAAAAAACGGGGUCACAAAGGGAAGAACUGCAUCAUUUCCUAGACUGGGCAUACUCAGCAUGACUUUUAUCCUCUUAUUCAAAUGGAACACAGCAGUGCCUGAUGAAAAAACAGGUCUAAACCUGUAGACUGUGAGAUGCACAUUGGACAUGUUGUUGAGAUGACACAACA